CAAUAUUUGAAGUCGUGGGGUUCAAUCAAUGUUCAUGGCACUUUAAUUGACACGCCUCCUAUAACCGACGAAGCUCCUUUUCCGUUUGCGUUUGCGUUUUCCUGGAAAAAAUUUGGGAUCAAUCGGAAAACAAAGUAAAGGCCUAUUGAGAAACCAUGAGCAACGAGUACGAUUAUUUGUUCAAGCUUUUGUUGAUCGGUGACUCAUCUGUUGGAAAAUCAUGUCUCCUUCUUCGAUUCGCUGAUGAUGCGUACAUUGACAGUUACAUAAGUACCAUUGGUGUUGACUUCAAAAUUAGGACGAUUGAGCAGGAUGGGAAGACGAUUAAGCUUCAAAUCUGGGACACUGCUGGGCAAGAGCGUUUCAGGACUAUCACUAGCAGCUACUAUAGAGGAGCUCAUGGAAUCAUUAUUGUGUAUGACUGUACUGAGAUGGAGAGCUUCAACAACGUGAAGCAGUGGUUGAGUGAGAUUGACAGAUAUGCUAAUGACAGUGUAUGCAAGCUUCUUAUCGGUAACAAGAAUGAUAUGGUUGAAAGUAAAGUUGUUUCCACCGAAACUGGAAAGGCCUUAGCAGAUGAGCUCGGAAUACCCUUUCUCGAGACAAGUGCUAAGGAUUCUAUCAACGUCGAACAGGCAUUCUUAACUAUUGCUGGCGAGAUCAAGAAGAAAAUGGGAAGCCAGACGAAUGCAAACAAGACAUCUGGAAGUGGAACUGUCCAAAUGAAAGGUCAGCCAAUCCAACAGAACAAUGGCGGUGGUUGCUGCGGUCAGUAGUUAGCAAAGUGUUAUCAAAACUAUGAUAUGAUUUUGAAAACCUGCAGCUACGUCGAUAGAAUGAUAACAAGACAGAGGAGAUAACACGGAUGAGAAUGAAGAUUUAUACUUCAGAGAUUCGAGCUUAACUCAACUUCCUUACAAAACAAUUUCUACAUUACAUUAACUUAACUCAUCAUAUAACCACAUGGUUUCAAAAGAGCCUAGAUGCAUCACAAUUACACGCUUAUUUUUAUAUUCUAGAUAUAAUCAGUAUCAACAUUAUUGUUCUGUUUUCUUUUUAUGUAGUAGAUUCAGACUUGGAUUCAUGCAUUUACACAAAUUUUCAAA